AGUGAUCGUGAUAAAAUAAAGGUUUGUAUCCUGUGUAACAGAGUUGUCCUCAGUGUGAAUCUUCAAAAUUAUACAGCUACAGUUGGAAAGGGGGUGAAAUAUGCAGAAGAUGCUGAAAUAGCAAAUAGUAUGCAGGACCUGGAGGAUUAUUAUGAACAACAAUGGGCAGUUUACAGAUUUUUGCAGAUUCUGCAAGGGGUAUAUAAUCUCAUGACCUCAGCUGAAGUCUAGGUAGCCUCUGUCUGAGAGUUUAUGGAGUUUCACUGGGGUGAAGUCAGAAGUGCUUCAGAGGAGCUCUUUGAACUUCUGAAAGCCCGGAACUCUGCAGGGUGUCCACUGGUCCUUACAAAGACGUCAUCUGUCCGAACAUGACCCAAGUUAAAAGCUUUAACACUGCUACAUCAAGCGAAAAGGAAGAAUGAAGACAAGUGAGCGAGCCUCCCUUUUUGGGAGCCAUGGAUGAACACUGGCCCUUGAAAGUCCUGCCCUGCUAUCUAGGUGAUGAAUGGCUGCUCCAGCAAGUCAAUUGCUCUGUGCUACUUGAUCCUUCACAUGCUGUCUCUGGAUUUAAUAUACGCAGACAUUCAAAAACCGUUGGGUCAUUUCAGUGGAUCUACAUUGUGAAGAGCAACACUAUAUUUUCUGCAUGCUGCCUGAAAACUCGAUGAACCCAAUGAACAUCUUUCUCACGCGCACUCACGGCUUCUUAUCGCUCUGGCCAAACUAACCUGAAAAGACCCACGCAUUAUAUCUGGUACAUGCAUGCUAAGGAUUUCCCUCAGUCAGCGCAUGCACUCCGGCCAUGGAAAAAAUCAUGGCAUUUUGUCAAUAAAUGCUGAGGUGUGGUUAGGCCGGCAGUCUCAGAAGUCAAGCAGAAUCAAUGAACACUCUGUGAGUAAUGAGCGGAUAGCUCUUACGUUUAGUGGGCCAGAGAGGAACCACCUGCCAAAACCAAGCUGUGAGCUUGGCUUUUCUUACUUCUUUCAGACUCGCAUUUCCAUUGCAAAGUAGUUCAGCUCCAGCCUUGGCUUGAAUUGUAUACUGCUUCAAACUGAAAUUAUUACGUCUCUUCAAGAAAAAAAGAAACUUUACAGUCUGAAUACAUCCUGUAAUCUCCAGGACUGACUUUUUCACACCAGAAUUAUACUACAGCAAGAAAACCCAGACUUGCAAAAGCCACUCUCACUCUCGAGGAUUAGAGAGUGAAGACACGAAUCCUUUCAAUUUACAAUAACGUAAUUACGCCAGGCAGAAAGUAGCUUCUGCAUAAAAGGAAAGAUAGCUCUUUACAUAAAGUAACUAGGUAUCGGAUAAUUGAAAAGAGACUCAAUUUGACCCAUAGCUAGAGAGAAAAAGGGACAACAUAGCAGUGAGUCAGCGAUAGUGGUGGUGGCCCUCGCCAUGGUGCUGCCACCACCAGACAAACGACACGUCUGUCUCACCACCAUUGUCAUCAUGACCAGCAUGGCCUUCAUGGAUGCCUACCUGGUGGAACAAAACCAGGGGCCACGCAAGAUUGGCGUCUGUAUCAUUGUCCUGGUCGGAGACGUGUGUUUCCUUAUAGUGCUCCGCUAUGUAGCUGUGUGGGUCGGAGCUGAGGUACGGACGGCGCGCCGCGGCUAUGCCAUGAUCCUCUGGUUUCUCUACAUCUUUGUUUUGGAGAUCAAGCUUUACUUUGUCUUCCAAAACUGCAAGGCUGACCGCAAAAGUCUGGAGACUGUAGCAAGGAAAGCUCUGACUUUACUCUUGUCUGUAUGCGUACCAGGACUCUACUUGGUCCUGGUGGCUCUUGACAGCAUGGAAUAUGUUCGGACAUUUAGGAAGAAGGAGGAUAUGAGAGGAAGACUCUUCUGGGUUGCUUUGGACCUCCUGGACUUGCUUGAUAUCCAGGCAAACCUUUGGGAACCCCAACGAACAGGUCUGCCCAUUUGGGCAGAAGGGCUGAUGUUCUUCUACUGCUACAUCCUGCUUUUGAUCCUACCAUGUGUGUCAUUAAGUGAGAUCAGUGUGCAGGGUGAAAAUGUAUCACCACAGAAGAUGAUGCUAUACCCCAUGCUCAGCUUGGUUACAAUCAACGUGGUCACCAUCCUGAUACGUGGCGUUAACAUGGUGCUUUUUCAGGACAGCCGGGUCUCCACCAUCUUUGUUGGCAAAAAUGUGGUGGCAAUAGCCACCAAGGUGUGUACCUUCCUGGAGUAUCGGAAACAGUCUCGAGAAUUCCCGGCACGUGAAAACGCAACCGGUAUUCCAAUGGAGAUCCAACAGAACUCAGUGGGACAUGGACAGGCUCUGCCAAAUGCAACAAGCCUCCCACAUGAACCUACACCAGUCCAGGAGAUCAUCGACACAUGACCAAGUAACCAGUUAGAACUGAGUCCUCAAGGCUCCAACCUGGCACAGUUCUACCAUUUGAUGAAUGCAUGAGAGAGGGGACUUAUGGUGUUAUGUAUCACUUCUAAGUAUUUGGACUGCGUUUCAACUGGGACAUAUGGAAGAAAUGUUCAUAAAUAAAACACAUAAACCAGCUGAAAUUUCUAGGUGCAGCAAAACCGAUUUCUACUGACUGAGCUGGCAUAUUUUGCUAGAAUUUCUCUCUGUAAUUGCUGAGUGACAUCAGCUGAACUUGUUUUCCUUUCAAGAACAUUUCUGAGCGUGGGAUUUUUCUAACACUGCAUUCCUUGCCGUGUACCUGACCCACCAGAUAUCAGCAUCUCUCGAAAAUUGGCUCCUGCAAUGCAAAAGGACUUGGGGAAGGGAUAAGAUAGAAGAAAGUAAGCAAUUAUUGAUUUACAACUGAGAGGAAGCUCUGCUUUUGAAAUGUCUGUUUUUAGUUAGGAUGAGAUCUUUGACAAGUGGAUAGUAAUUGAGUGUGUUCAAUUGCUGCAGAUUGUGAGGCUUGUGGUUGUGCAUACAGAGAUUGUGUGGGCCAGUGUAAGGAUUGGAUAAUGAUGAUAAAGUCAUAGAGGGACUUUGGCAACCUCAGCACAGAGAGCAAGACAAAAAAAAAUACUGAUCUGACAAAAAAACAAACAAACAAAAAAAAAAACAUUAUGAUAUAUAAUCUAUGUACAUUCCCUCACAAAAAGCCUUGAAAGUCAGUGAAUGCACUCACAGAGCUUAUUUGGUAAAAGCAUACAAGUAAACAUUAUUAUUAUUAUUAUUAUUAUUAUUAUUAUGUACUAGUGUGUGCUUCAUUUAUACGUUUUAUGUUGGAGGGUGUUUAAUAAAAAAGAGUACUUAAUCUCUGUGUUUGGAUGAGUGGGAGACUGAGAGAGACAUGUUAAAUGUUAAAGAUGAUAAUGUAACACGAAAUCCAUAGCAGGAAACUGUGACCAAAAAAAAUAAAUAAAUUUGCCUGUCAUCUUCCUCCCACAACAGACUGCCAACAUCAGAAUGGGCUAAAUACAGCAAGUGUCACCAUCCUUUGAAUAAAUUCUGUCGGAGCAGAAAGAAAUCAUAUUGCAAACCUGCAAAAAAUAAUGAAUUAUCUAUAGCCCUAUCAGUGGGAGCUCACCUUUCCUAGCCUUACGCAGCAAGGAAGCUAUUCGUAAAUCACCAGGUCUAUACAUCUGGAAAUGAAUUGUGCCUCUUCUACAGGGUGUUAAAAGCUCCUUUCUUGCCCUCGACGAUUUAUAUAUCAUCCAUAACCUCCUGAUAUAUUCACUCUCAACAGCAUUAAUUCAGCGCAUGUGGAUAAUGUGAGGCAGCGUUUCGUAUCUUGCCAGUUGUUGACACCCUCUGUAGUAAGCAGGCCAUGCUGAGUAGACACUUUUUCUCUUGCUUCUACUUUGCUGCACUUCCACACUUACCAUCACUGCUCUAAGUGAUCACAGCCUCAGAGCCCAAGCUGCUGGCCAUAUAUCUACAUGUAAAUAACCCUCCUCUUCAGGGCCAUCGACAAAACCAUUUCAACAUAUGCCCACUUAGUUUGAACCAGGAGUGAGCACCAGUUUGUGAAUCAACGAUAAAUUAUACAACAUAAGCCACAUUAAUACGCUUACAAUUAAUGUUCAUGUUCCUGCCAUUGUUUAUGAGGGGCAGGGCAUGGCUGCCUCCUUAAAAUCUGCCUAAUUUUUAAUGUUUCUCCACUGGCUUUUUGGUUAAAAAAGCAUGCACACAGCGUUCCCUUUUUACCCCAUAAACAGGCAAUCAGUGAUGCUGUGGGUUUUCUUUUUUUAGGUUUCUCCUACAUGAAGCUAAUAAAUAACUUUUUAGCUAAUGCUUUAAUAUUAGAAAUUGUUUAUAAUGCAAUCUGUUUAUCAUUACUCGUCAUGCUGUACAAGAUGAUCCCAGUAAAAUCUUUGGCAACUUAUAUGAUAAAAAUUGUCUAACGAUAGACCUGCAAUUACAGAAUAUUGCUGCUAGGUCAUUAAUCAGAACAAUCCAGAUAUAUGCUGAAAAUUGAUCUGUAUGAACAGAAGCAUUCUUCAAAGUAGGUUCGAGAUCAUAACAACGUAAUCGUAGCUCUCCCGUUUGUGUGCAUCAUUCUAUGGUGUCCUCCUAUUGGUGGCUUUUAGACAAGCUUCAUGGCAGCAAACACACUAUUGAGAUUUUAAUUUCUCACACUGCCAGAACGCCAGCAGUGAGCUGCCAGUGAGCACGUCACUUUUUGCAUUGAUCAAAGAUCACCGUUCUCAACUCGAGAUCAAAUAAUGCUUUUACAAGCUGUGAUUUUUGUCUGUAUCAGUGACAUCAGGCUAAAACUCAUACAUGAGUGUGAACUCACAUAAUCAUCGCAAACUCAACUCAAAUGGAUUUUUUUCACUUGUUCAACAGCAUCUUGUUCAGUUCAGUUUCUGAUAGUGUAUGCUAUUGUCAUCUAUCACAAAAAAAUUAAUAAAAUAAAACUGCUAUAGUGGCCAUCUUGGAGCUGGAAUCCCUUUCUUCAUCAACCUGAGGUUUGGUGUCACAACAAUUGAACUUUACAGCCAGAAAGGAGGUGUGGCACAACGUUUUGGGUCCAAUUUGAUGUCUAUAGUGACAUUUUCUGAUAUUUUGUGAACCACUAUGUAAAAAUACUGAAUUACUAAGCCGAAUGUAUGAUGAAUUAUACACACAGUUUGCAAAAUGACAAACAAUAGAAUUGUCUGAAUGGGUAAUUAUGGAGAUUUUUCCUUUACAAAAAACGCUGAGAUGAAAUAUUUCUGGUUAUGUGCAAGAAAAACAGCCUCGACCAGUGAAUUAAUUUCAUUUGGUCACCUGCUUCAGCUGGUCAAGAUGGCCUGGUUUAAUAGUAUGUGAUAGGAUAUGACAUCUCUAAAUACUCAUCCCUUAGACAUGACAGAGUGAUUUGAUGAGUGUCAUUUUUUGGUUUGCACCUAAAUUUCAUGUAAUUGAAUCCAAAUGGGGAUUUUGUUUUGUCAUUUCAUGGCCAGAGAAGCAAUGGAGUUCAUGUCUAUCCUAAUUAGGAUAAAUCCUUUGUUUUUAUAACUUAGAAGCUCCCAAAUCUUGUGUAUGUUGUUGUGAAGGUGUAGAAGGCAUCAGUAUGUGGUUUUGACCAUCAUUGUCAGUGAUUUUAAAAACCGCUUGUGCUAGGAA